AGCGUCAGACCUGGGUUUGUUUGUUUUUUCCAAACUGGGAAUAUCGCCCAGCUCACGCCUGUCGGAUGGACUACAGCAGGGGCGGUGUACCAUAAUAACUUUUACACCACAGAAUUGGAAGCGACGUUGGCGCGAAGAUCGUCGAGAUCCGUCAAUAUGACCAUCAUUGAGAUCUGAAGACGGGCACCGGGCCAACAGAGGAUACAGGUCUUUAAAAUGGAGUUCUCUCGGGAUGUACACGGGGAGAAACACUAGACGAUACAGAAGAGCCCUUAGGAAACAAGACACCGGAUUUCCCCGGAGAGAGGUGUGCACGUGUGAGGAGGAGGAGGAGGAGGAGGAGGAGGUAGUAGAGGAGAAGGAUUGCUUUUCCAGGAGAAACAAAGGAAGUACGGAGCGUGGUCAGUCUUCCAGUCACCAUGACGGAGCCCAAGACCGCCGCCGGCGGGAGUCCCGCGGCGGCGCUGGCGUGGGCGCGCGUGUGCAAGGAGUGCGGCCAGCAGCACGAGGGCCAGGACAACCACCUGUACGAGUACCAGGACGAGGUGGACGACGAGCUGGUGUGCCACAUCUGCCUGCAGCCGCUGCUCCGGCCCAUGGACACCCCGUGCGGCCACACCUACUGCUUCUUCUGCCUCAGUAACUUCCUGAAGGAGCAGGACUUCUGCCCCGUGGACCGGCUGAGGCUGCAGCUGCACCAGUGCCGGCCCUCCAGCCUGCUGGUGCGGAACCUGCUGGACAAGUUGAUGGUGCUCUGCCCCCACAGCGAAGAGUGCCCCCAGCAGAUGCAGCGCUGCGAGCUGAUGCCUCACCUGCACAACAGAUGUCCUGUUUUCAAGAAGUUGAAAGAAGAGGCAGAGAGGAGGAAGAAGCCCUCCUGGAAAGAGGUCAAGGGGCGCAAUGGGGAGGUGGAGGCGUGCGCGGAAAGCAAACUUCCAGCGGCUCCGUCCAGAACGUCGACUCGAGAGCACUCCGACCCUGGCCUGAUCAACCCAGCCUACGAGGAGAGCGAAGAAGACACGGGCGCCCUGAGGUCCAGCCUGGUGGCGGAGGCCAACACGGUGGAGCUGUUCCGGGACGAGCCCGAGGACGACCUGGGCCUGCGCAUCGUGGGAGGGAAGGACACCCCGCUGGGGAACAUCGUCAUCCAGGAGAUCGUCCGCGACUCCCUGGCGGCGCGUGACGGGCGGCUGGCCCCUGGGGACCACAUCCUGGAGGUGAACGACAGCAGCCUGGCCGCCGUGCCGCACUCCAGGGCCAUCGCCGUCCUGCGGCAGCCCUGCUCCGUGCUGCGGCUCACCGUCCUGCAGGAGAAGGGCUUCAAGCCCCGCGCCGAGCCCCACCCUACCACCGCCGUCGGCCCCGUCGUCACCACGGGCCCCCAGGGGUCUCCCGGCAACGCCGCCUCGGCGCCCCACCACGGCGCGGUCGUCCAGGUGAUGCUGGUCAAGCGGGACCGCGGCGAGCCCCUCGGGAUCAAGCUCAUCCGCAAGUCGGAGGAGAGCGGGGUCUUCAUCCUGGACCUGUUGGUGGGGGGGCUGGCCGCCAAGGACGGCAAGCUGAGGAACAACGACAAGGUGCUGGCCAUCAACGGCCAGGACCUGAGGCACGGCACGCCCGAGACCGCGGCCCAGAUCAUCCAGGCCAGCGAGGUGCGUGUGAACUUUGUGGUGAUGAGGUCCACCGAGGCCCAAGAGGAAGCGGACGGCGGUGGGGGAGAGGGGAGGUCUGGACGGGGGUCCCGACGAGUGCCGGAACAGCAGUACUUCAGACGCCACUCCACCUUCCUGAAGGACCCUCCCAGUGGCUUCUCCAGCCAGGAGAAGACGGUGAGCCUGAAGAAGGAGCCCAGGCUGUCUCUGGGCAUCACCAUCGCCGGGGGGCGGGACUGCCGCUGCCGCCUGCCCCUCUACAUCACCAGCGUCCAGCCGGUGGGCUGCCUGCACCGGGACGGCACCAUCAAGACCGGUGACGUCCUGCUGAGCAUCAACGGCGUGGACCUGACCCAGCUGAGCUACGCCGAGGCGGUGUCGGUGCUGAAGGCCCAGGCGGCCCAGGGCCAGGUGGUGCUGCGGGCGCUGCAGACCACCGCCGAGGAGGCGGACGCGGAGGACGGCGGCGGCAGCGGCGACGAGGCGGAGGCGCACGAGAGCGCCCACGACGACGACCUCAACUGGACCCCGCCCUGGACCAGCUGGCUGGGUCUGCCCAGUAACAUGCACUGGUGCCGCGACAUCGUCCUCCUGAAGACCAACAACGACAGCUGGGGCUUCAGCAUCGUGGGGGGGUACGAGGAGAGCCGCGGCCAGCAGCCCUUCUUCAUCAAGACCAUCGUGCCCGGCACGCCCGCUCACUUCGACGGACGCCUCAAAUGUGGCGAUGAGAUCGUAGCGGUGAACGGAGCGACCACGGUUGGCAUGAACAACUCCUCUCUGAUCCCCAUGCUGAAGCUUCAGAAGAACAAAGUCACACUCACCGUGGUGUCCUGGCCAGGGAGCCUCGCCUAAUCAACACACACCUAGGCACUAUCCCUUUCUUUGUGUCUGUCUCUCUAUCUAUUUCUCUCUGUCUCCCUCUCUCUCUGUUUCUCUGACUGUCUCUAUCUCUGUCGCUCUGUCUCUGUCGGUCUGUCUCCCUCUCUCUGUGUCUGUCUCUAUCUCUGUGUCUCUGACUCCCUCUCCCUCUCUCUCUGUGUCUAUAUCUCCCUCCCUCUCCGUCUUUUUCUAUAGCUCUGUCUCUGUCUGUCUGUUUCAGUCUGUAAUCUCUGCCAUGGAUCGUAUGUCAGUAUAAACUCAUCACAGAGUGGGGGUGUUUUUAAGGUCUAUCCGGAAAUAAUUGGGACAAUCUGAGUAGAGUAUUGGCACAAUUGGGGUUAAUCAUUUUAGAUUAAUGACGACAAUCAGUGGACAAGCUUUUAACUGUGUACUGGAUAUAAUAUUUUAUUUUUUAUUACAUUUUAUCAUGUCUUUAUGUACAUUUUACUUCACUUUGAAAGCACCGGUACAGGUAAUUCAGUCAGCUGUAGAAUCCCAAAAAAGGAGUGCAGCAUUUAUAUAAUCAUAAUAAUGUGAUCGAUGCAGAGUACUUUGUGUAGUGAGAACAAAUGGACUGUUGGCCAUGCCCACAGAUGUCCAUUUAUCGUCAUAUUAAGUACAUUAUCAUCACUCAUGUUGUUUUAUGACAUGCAUUUUUAAAGUAUCCUUCAAAGCUGCUACAGUUCUUUAAGUGUGGAUGUAUAUAGAAGAUCAAAGACAAAGGUCAAGUAUAGGUUAACCUGGGCUCUCGCUGUAAUAGACUAGGCCACUUCAGGUAUAGGUUAACAUGGGCUCUCGCUGUAAUAGACUAGGCCACUUCAGGUAUGUCGCUCAACAACCUAGGGUCACAGAAGUCAACCAGGACCUAGAAGCAGCCUGCAGGCCAAGCCUGGACAGACUGAACGACAUUUUGCCCAAGAAUACAGCGGCUGAUGAUAUUUAGCUGAAGCUAGGAAUAUAAAUCCCAUAAUGAACACAUUUGUGAUCGGACGAAUUAUGCAGAAUGUUGAGAGAGAGAAAGAUGUGCGCAAUUGAUUGCAAUCAAUCAAUGACAAAGUGCACUGUAGCAUGCUAAAUCUUGCUGAAUGUAUCAUACAACGUGGGUGUGUGGUACACAUUAAGGGAGAAAUCAAGACGUGCACUUGCCUUUAUUAUAACCUUAUCCGAAGGUUUUUUUUGCAUUUUCCACGGUUAUUUUUACGUGACGUUCUUCACACCUUUAUUGUGUAUGGUUUCAAUAUGAAUAGGAUGUGCUUAUUAUAUUCCUUUAUAUUUCUUUUGGAACCGUACCUCAGCUGAGAUGCUAAUCACCAAGUGGCCUUUCUGAUGUCCUGGAGAUGAUUUGAAAUAAUUCAUGUUUUGGACCACUUCUAUCAUCACUUUCAAUAAACUCGAGGAAUUGUAA